CUUCCUGGGGCACGGGCCGUUCCUCAGGCUCGCCUGUAGACUCUGGUAUACUCUCUAUAUCCACGGAGACCGUGCGUUCGCGUCCGUCGCCAGUCCUAGUUUCCUUAUUUCCGUGGUUCCUCGAGCUCACGAGGGUGAGGUGUUCGCGGUGUCGUGUGGAUUUCCGCUUCCGCGUGCUGAAUCGGAGCAACGCUCCCCGGGAGCGGCAUGCUCAACAAUAUCACCGCCGGCGGUUCCGUACACGGUAUCUCCGGAGCGAAGGAUACGUCGGACCUGAAGCGGUACGAGAAAGAGCAUGGCGUGCUGGGGGUGAAUUUGGGCUCCAGUCUGUCUGGUGGUGGUGCUCUCACACUUCACCAGGAAUUGAUCAUGACUAUGCCCGGCGCAGGGAGCGCGUCGGCGAUCGGGCAAGGCGAUGAUAAACCAACGAAGCAGAAGCGACAUCGGACGCGAUUCACACCGGCCCAGCUCAACGAGUUGGAAAGGUGUUUCGGCAAAACUCACUAUCCGGACAUCUUCCUGAGAGAGGAAAUCGCUCUAAGGAUCGGCCUCACGGAAAGUCGCGUUCAGGUAUGGUUUCAAAAUCGCCGAGCGAAGUGGAAGAAGCGCAAGAAGACGACGAAUGUUUUCCGGUCUUCGGGAUCGUUGCUACCGUCGCACGGCUUGCCUCCUUUCGGAGCGAUGAGCUCGGAGUUGUGCGGCGCUGGAAUGUUUCACACUCCUGCGGAUAGAUGGGGAAUGGGGACAGGUCUCGGCCAACUGCAGAGUGGCAUGACAAUGAGCAGUUUCGGGCAACUCGGCCAACAAAGCACGGGAAGCCUGGGCUCGAGCCUCAACCUCGGCAAUUCCGGACUCCCCAUCAACGGCCCAUCGCAAUCCGUCUACCACACCAGUUACGGAAUCAACUCGAUCGGUGGCGUUCACGUGUCGGCGUCUCGAGGCUCGCCGCCAGGUAGCUCCUCAGUGGGUGGCGGUCAGGGCGGAAUGGGUUCAAGCUUGAACUGCGGUCAAGGUUCGCCAGGUACAACUUCCGGCAACGGCGGCGGCGGCGGAGGCGGUGGCGGCGGCGGUGUCUCCUGCGUCGGUGCCGACGUGAGCGCGAACGAGGCGUCGGACUGGAGAGGCGCCCACAGCAUCGCGGCGCUCAGACGCCGCGCCUCGGACGCUUCGCAACAAUACAGUCCACAGCCGCCGCCGCCACCCCCAGGACCACCCCAAUAUGCCCACGACAUGGAGUAUAGUUCCGUUUACUGAGGCGUCGGUCCAAAUGUCCUAACGUUCAGUUCCACGGAAGAGAAAAAAAGAGAAACUGCCGGCCGGUGGGAGCUUAUGGUAAUCUCAUGGAACGAGUACUCCUCUCUCUCUCUUUCUCUCUAUCUAUCUAUUUCUUUCAUUUUCUGUCUCUCUCUUUAUCUAUCUCUCUCUCUCUCUAUAUAUAUAUAUAUAUAUAUAUCUCCUUUCUCUUCUCUGUCUAUUUCUGUUCCGUGAAAGCAUCGUGAGAAGAUCGGUCACUGUGCUCUCAUGACUGAUUCUGCGGAAAAACGAGGAUACAGCAAAAGCGUAAUUGAGCAACCUGCAUAGAAAAUUUCUUGGGAUCUAACUGAGGUUCAAUCCAAUCUGAUUUCCCGAAAUAAUUAUAGGUAUUGGUUAAAAUUCUAAUGUUUAAAAUAUGCGAUUCUAUAGAGGAAGCAAAGUUUUCCCAAUAUCUUUUCCGGUCUUCAUUUAAUGCUAGAAUCAAAUAAAACAAGCUGACUUUCUAAAUAAUUUAAUUAUUCAGUAAAAUGCUCAAUGUUUUAAACAUAUUUUAUUUUUUGAUAUUUUAUUCUAUCGUAUACAAUAGUUGAUAUAAAAGUUCCCUGUUUUAUAAAAGUAUACUGACAUUAUUGAUUGAAAAAAAAAAAAAACAUGAGUUCCCAUAGUAUUUCUGAUUCGAUUUUAGACAGAGAACACAUAUUUGGGACAAUAGGAUUCCCUAAUUGGUAUUAUAAUAGUAUCAUAGUGAUAUUGUAACUAAUUUUGGGAUAAAUUUGGGCAUUCUGAUCAGUAUCUAAGCUGCAUCUAUGAUGAUUUUGAGAAAUUUCUAUGCGGGAAGCUGAUCUAGCUGGUCUAUCGUGAGUAUAAUCGUAAAGAUAGUGCAACAGAGAUCGAUGGAAUAUCGUAAUGAUCAUUUCGAAUGAUUCGACUAGCGGAGGUCCAAAUUCGCUCAGCGGAAUAAGAAUCUAACACGAAGCCGGCGAAGCGCGGUAAAUAAUGACGGAAUUAGAAUGGUUAGAUAAUUCCGGGUGGACGUAUGUAUAUGUAUAUGUGUGCGUGUGGGCGUACAUGUAAGUGUGCGUGUGUGUACGAGUGUCUCAACUGGCAGAGAUUCACAGCUAGUCGGCAAGAAUACAUAAUAGCUUAACGAUUGCGGGAACUCAACGUGACGCCUGAAUUUCUAUAUUCUUGAAGUAAUGCGAGCUCGUCGUAAUGUAGAAUUCCGCCAGAAGAAACAGAGGUGCAAGAGUAACGCGAAGAACCUACAAAAGGAGUACUCUUCUAUAAGUUAGUUGCGCAGUUGAAGUCAGGGUAGAGGAUCGAAAUUGCUGGCAGCAUCGACAGCGACAAUUCGCGUACAAUACAGAUUCUCGUCAUAGAGCCUUCCCGGGGACUGUCGUCGUAAUACAUUAGAUAGGCCUUUAUUCCGAACUCUCUUUUAUCGAUAAAAAAGAAUUUGGAAUAAUGACUGUAGUCUACAGCAGGGUUGUAUCGUAAGUUUCAACAUCACGUCUACGCGAAUUGUUUACGUAUUGCCUACGUGAUGUAUACACAGUCUUUUCUCAUGUAGACAAUGUAAACUACGUAGGAUAUUUUGUAAAUUAUAUUAAAAUAUACAAGAUUACAGAACAAUUUUACAGACAAGAUUACAGCAUUAUAAAAUAGUUGCAGCAUCUAUGUUUAUAUAUAUAUGUAUAUUGGAAAUACUCAGACUCAUAAUAACUGCAGUGGAUUUACGGUGUCAAAGAACGCACUUGAUAUUGUAAUGAAACUUAUCGUAUGGAGAAAAGAUCUGUUGUCAAGUAACGUUAUUGAAAUUGUCGUGAUAAAGAUAAAUUUUUGGAUAUAUUUGAGCGAAACUCGUUUUCGUUUAAUAGAAUAAUUUUUUAAUCGUGGCAGUUCUAUCGGAGAGAAGGAAACUAUUUUUGUUUAAUUUUUUAUGAACCAUCUGAAUGGAGAAAUACCAAGGAUGCCGAUGAUAUAUAUAUAUAUAUAUAUAUAUAUAUAAACAUA